CUUUCCUCCUUUUUGGCUGCUGCGCCUCCGCUUUUGUGCUGCGUACUUCUGUGUAUCUGUGCCUCCACGUCGAUGGAGCUGCAGAAGCGCCAAGAUCAGGGCCUGCCGCAGCGGAAGGGGCAGAAGCGGAAACUGGAGGAGGAAAUCAAAGACGAGCAGCCGGGGAUCUCACCGUCGCCGGUCUCCUCCGACGCUCGCCGCGCCAUCCUGUCGGAGGUAGCUCUCCAGGUCAGCAUCCUCGACUCGGCCUUCUCUUGGCAAGAGGCAGAUCGAGCUGCCGCCAAGCGCGCCACUCAUGUCCUUGCCGACCUUGCUAAAAACGAUGAGGUAGUGAACGUGAUUGUCGAAGGGGGAGCUGUUCCGGCUCUGGUGAAGCAUCUUCAAUCACCGCCGAUAACUGAAGUUGAUGGGAGCGUGAGGCCUUUCGAGCAUGAAGUCGAGAAGGGCAGUGCCUUCGCUCUGGGAUUGCUUGCCGUCAAGCCAGAGCAUCAGCAACUCAUAGUUGACCAUGGAGCCUUACCUCAUCUUGUGGACUUGCUAAAGAGGCACACCGAGGGAACAACUCGAGCUGUGACUAGUGUGGUUAGAAGAGCCGCCGAUGCAAUUACCAACCUCGCUCAUGAGAACAGCAACAUUAAGACACUUGUUAGGAGGGAAGGAGGAAUUCCGCCUCUUGUCGAGUUGCUAGAAUUCGCCGACACAAAGGUGCAAAGGGCAGCCGCUGGUGCUUUGCGAACUCUUGCAUUUAAAAACGACGAGAACAAAAAUCAGAUUGUUGAAUGUAGUGCGCUUCCUACUCUCAUUUUAAUGCUGCGGUCUGAGGAUGCAGCCAUACAUUAUGAAGCGGUUGGCGUUAUUGGGAAUCUGGUGCAUUCCUCCCCAAACAUAAAGAAAGAAGUGCUUGCCGCCGGGGCUAUACAACCUGUCAUUGGCUUGCUUAGCUCGUGUUGCUCAGAGAGUCAAAGAGAGGCAGCUUUGUUACUUGGCCAAUUUGCUGCAACAGAUUCAGAUUGCAAGGUUCACAUUGUGCAAAGAGGUGCAGUUGGACCAUUGAUUGAGAUGCUCCAAUCUUCUGAUGUACAGUUGCGUGAAAUGUCAGCCUUUGCAUUAGGGAGAGUGGCUCAGGACCCGCACAACCAAGCUGGUAUAGCUCACAAUGGUGGUUUAGUACCAUUACUGAAGCUCCUUGACUCGAAGAAUGGGUCGUUGCAACAUAAUGCAGCAUUUGCGUUGUAUGGUCUUGCCGAUAAUGAGGAUAAUGUGUCUGAUUUUAUUAGAGUGGGAGGUGUCCAGAAGCUUCAGGAUGGAGAAUUCAUUGUCCAAGCUACGAAAGAUUGUGUGGCCAAGACAGUGAAGAGAUUAGAGGAGAAGAUUCAAGGACGAGUGUUGAAGCAUUUGCUAUAUCUAAUGCGAGUAGCUGAAAAGAUUGUUCAACGACGGGUUGCAUUGGCUCUGGCUCAUCUUUGUGCGCCUGAUGAUCAGAGACUAAUUUUCGUAGAUAACGGAGGAUUGGAGUUAUUGUUGGGGCUUCUUGGUUCUGCAAACAUGAAACAGCAACUUGAUGGAGCUAUUGCUCUAUACAAGUUGGCCAACAAAGCUAUGACACUCUCUCCAGUAGAUGCAGCUCCACCUUCUCCAACCCCGCAGGUUUAUUUGGGGGAGCAAUAUGUAAACAACGCUACACUAUCUGAUGUCACCUUUCUAGUUGAAGGAAGACGGUUCUAUGCACACAGAAUUUGCUUACUGGCUUCGUCAGAUGCAUUCCGUGCAAUGUUCGAUGGGGGUUACCGGGAAAAGGAUGCAAGGGAUAUUGAAAUUCCAAACAUUAGAUGGGAAGUUUUCGAGUUGAUGAUGAGAUUCAUAUACACGGGGUCCGUAAAUGUUGCCCUAGAUGUUGCUCAAGAUCUGCUCCGGGCGGCCGAUCAGUAUCUAUUGGAGGCUCUAAAGCGACUCUGCGAGUAUACAAUAGCACAGGACAUAUCCCUGGACAAUGUUGCAAGCAUGUACGAGCUCUCAGAAUCCUUCCAUGCUUUUUCACUGAGGCACACUUGCAUCUUGUUCAUCUUGGAGCAUUUCGAUAAAUUGAGUGCUAAGCCCAGGCACUCUUACUUGAUCCAGCGGAUUAUACCAGACAUAAGGAAUUACUUUGGGAAGGCACUGACCAAACCUGACCCACAUAACUUGCGGCUGUAGACGACGACCGGUCUCCAGUUUCUUUGAUCUUUCUAACUAGGAUAAGUUGUACAGAAGUGGUAGAUCGUUCUUCUUGCUGACGACGAGCCGCCGAAUAGUGGUUUGAUGUCAUCACGACAUGGCUCAGAAUCAUCUCCAUUUGAUAGAGAGAAAGAGUGCCUUGGCGUGGCAUAGCGUGUGCUCAGCAGAGCGAGCUGUUCAGUAUUAGUAAUUGGCUAAUCGCCUUCUUUCUCUGGUGCUGGCUGGGGUAUGAAUGCAUCCCCUUCAUAAUCAUUGCCUGCGUUGUUCUUUUUGCUGGGACUGUGAUGGUUAGGUUAUGUACGCGUGUUAUGUAAGAAGAAACUCUUUGAGCGACGAUUUUGUCAUUCGAAGAGGUUCUCGUCGUUCUGUUGCGCAAUAAUAUGGUAUCGUGCAUGCAGCAUAUGAUUCUUUCAACAAAGAUUUUCGAGAUGG